ACAUGGCGCUCCAGUAGAAAUCCCUCCCAAACCAAGUUAUUCUGUGAUGAGGGGCACCUAUUUCUGAAGCAAUAUAAACAGAGCAGCCUUAGACACAUCCUGUGUUCGCUGGCAGAUGCCGGAGGGGCUGCACAAAGAGCCUGCAGCGAGAGGGAGGAAGCACCAGACGCUGGGCUGGGCGCCAGGCACGUGGGCUCCCGGGCAGGCGGCAGCCGGACGGAAAGCUCUCUGGCAGGAGUCACAUCUCUGGAAGCGGCAAUCUCCAAACCCUGUUGGGUGGGAAGCCCGUGGUGUGAGCUAGAGAAACACAGGAGGUUUCUUAGCUGCUGCUCUGAUGGCAGGAGGACCCAGCGCCCAGCCUUAGCUCUUGCAUCUGACGCACUGGAAUGUGGACUUCAACUGCUGCAUUUUCCUAAGAAGAAUUCACCCCAGCCUUAGGGGACGGAGAAGCAUUUGGCUCUGCCUAUACUGUUAAGCCUACAACUUCCUCAGGCUGGAAAUUUUGCUGUUUCGUUGUCAUCAGCAAAUAAUUGUGGUAUCUCUUUGCUGUAACGAUCUGGAAAAUGGAAAUGAAGAGAGACACAACCAAGUUGCUGCUGUGGCUGCUGAUGUUCUUUGAUGCUGUGGCCUUCAGCUAUGAGGAAUCAAUGGAAGAGAGAGCUAAGGAGUUGAUGAAAUAUACACGUUUAAUCGAUGGCCACAAUGACCUUGCACUGCGGCUGAGAAUAUUUUACCGAAAUAGAAUCAGUGGAGUCAACUUAAAAGAACUCAACAAGACACACACAAACCUUGCAAAACUUCAGGCUGGUUAUGUGGGAGCUCAGUUUUGGUCAGUGUAUGUUCUUUGCAGCGCUCAGAACAAGGAUGCUGUGCGUCUGACCUUAGAGCAAAUUGAUGUUGUCAAGAGGAUGUGUGACAGCUAUGAAGAGCUUACAUUUGUGACAACUUCCCAAGGUAUCUCUGACAGCAGAAGGAUUGCGUGUUUGAUUGGAAUAGAAGGUGGUCACUCCAUUGACAGCAGUUUGGCAACACUGAGGAUGUAUUACGACCUGGGUGUUCGUUACAUGACUUUAACACAUACCUGCAACACCCCUUGGUCUGAAUCAUCAUCCAAAGGAGUGCACAACUUUUAUCCCAAUGUUACUGGUCUGACUGCAUUUGGUCAAGAAGUGGUGAAGGAGAUGAAUCGCCUGGGUAUGCUGAUAGAUUUAUCUCAUACUUCAUAUUCCACAGCAAAAGCUGCACUGAAUAUCUCAAAAGCACCAGUAAUUUUCAGCCAUUCCUCGGCAUUUUCUGUUUGCAAUCACUCAAGAAAUGUUCCUGAUGAUAUCCUCCAGCAACUGAAAAAGAACAAGGGAAUUAUCAUGGUGACUUUCAGUGCAAAUGUACUGGCCUGUGGCAGGAAAGUUGUUAAUGUUUCUACCCUUGCAGAUCACUUUGACCACAUAAAGAAAAUUGCAGGUGCAGAAUCCAUAGGAAUUGGUGGUGACUACGAUGGAGUGGAACGUUUCCCUGAGGGUUUGGAAGAUGUUUCUAAAUACCCUGCUUUGAUUGUGGAGCUUCUUAGAAGAGGAUGGAGUGAAACUGAACUGAAAGGGGUCUUAAGGGAGAACUUUCUCCGUGUCUUCAGAGAAGCGGAAAAUGCGCGGAGCACCAGCGGGCCAAAGGAUGCAGGCGAAAGUGAAAUCCCCCAAGAAGAAGUAAAAAAUCCCUGUCGCCUAGACCUACAGAAUCAACAGCUUCAGAGACCAAAUCAAGAGUUUCAGAUAGCCAGUUCCUUUGGACUUCCCUCUGUGGCAAAACCUUUUAGUCUGACAGUUGUAAUUGUAUCAUAUUUAAUACUGUAUUUUGAAUCAUAGAAUCUAUGGAGUCUAGAGUGAGACACACGUAGUAAUUGGCAAUGCAACUAGUGGUCUUUGGGUUGUUUUUUUUUUAUAAUGAUGUAAAGCUAUGCUGCUUUUUUUAUAUAAUUUCUAUAGAUUCACCUGCAUACUUGAAAGUUAGUGUAGAUUUAAACUGUUAUAGCAAAAGCAUUUAGAAUUUGAAGUGAUAAAUUCUGUGUCAUCUUGGCUAAACCAAGAUUUUUUAUUAUAAAUCUGCUCUUUCAGCCGUUGGAACACGUUUUCAAAUAUACAAGGUAUGUGAGGUUAGAAGCUACAGAAGAGCAUAUACUGUGCUAGGCCUAUUGUUGGUAGGCUAAUAUGGCUCAAACCUGGAAUUUCAAUCAAAUAUCCAGAGAUUGAUGAUGAAGUUGUAAGAUGGCCGUACUACAUCUUUGUAGGGUCAUUUCCCAGUGCUUGCUGGUAAAUGCCUUUUCAUGAUACUUGCUGUUAAUUGUGAUUUUUAUCUCAUGACAUGCUUUUAUUUACUGAUAGGACAUCUACAGAGUUUAGCCAUAGUAUAAAAUAAAAGUCCUGUAAUUGAUUUAAGGACAGCAGAUGGGCCACAGAGAUGAUGAAAGGACUGGGAAGCCAUAUGAGGAAAGGCUGAGAGAACUGGGUUUGUUCAGCCUUGAGAAAAGAAGGCUAGAGGGAGACCUUAUCACCAUGUUCCAAUAUUUAAAGGAUGGCUACCAAGAAGAUGGAGAUUUCCUUUUUACAAGGAGUCAUGGAAAAGAUAUGGGCUAAUGGGUACAAGUUACUUUUGGGGAGGUUCCAAUUGGAACUAAGAUGAAAAUUUUUCACAAUGAGAACAAUCAGAAAUCAGAAUGAUCUCCCCAGGGAAGUGGUGGAUUCCCAAACAUUGGACACUUUUAAGAUUCAGCUGUACAGGGAGCUGGGCCAUCUUGUCUAGACUAUGCUUUUGCCAAGAAAGGUUGGACCAGAUGAUCCUUGAUGUGCCUUCCAACGUGGUAUUCUAUGAUUCUAUGCUUUGUAAACACAUAAAGUAUUUAACAAUUGCAAGACAAGGCUGAGCACAAACAGAAUGGAAACAGCAAGUCAGUUGUUCUUCUAGAGUUCGUGAGGCAGUUCCCACCAUCCACCUCUGCAUUCCAUAUACAGGUAGGGUUUCUGGAAGAAGACUGUUCUUUUAGUGCUUCAAAAUGAAGUUUCUCUAAUUCUCCUGACAAAGUGGUCUCCUUGGUAAGUAUAUUCUGAAUAUACUACUGCCAAUUCCUGACUAUUUUACAAAUCAUGUUGAAUAAUCUUGUUGCACACAAGCCAAGUUUGUAAGAACAGUUUCUUAGUAAAUAUUGAUCCUGGUUGUGCAUCUACAAUGGGGAAUUACUGCUCCGACUCAGAUGUCUUGCCUUCCUGAUACUGCUUGACUGGCAUCAGAACUUAUUUUCCUGGUAAAAUGACAAAUUCAAUUGGGCAAAUAAUUUCUUCCCAUGAAGCUGCGAACGGCUUCAUAAGCCAUUGAAAAACUGUCAUCCAUGGUCUCUUUUCACAGAAUAUAUGUCUGAUAAUGACUUCAUUACAUAUUUGAAAUGUGAGAUGCUUUCUUAUUCCUUCCAGCCUUUUUCUUUCUAUUGUGUUGUCACUUUCUUGCCUGCUAAUUUCUACUGGUUUUUUCCAUACUACAGCAUGGAUUAAAAUAUAUAUUUAUUUUCUUAAAGAUACAGAGAAUACUUUUAUAUGACUGAUUUUGCCAUACUAUAGAUAUUUGUAGUUUAUUUCUUUGUUUUACCGAUAGCGUAUUGCACUUAUUUGUUUGACUGCUUUGUGCAAUGAAUAAUCUGUAACCUUGUGGCAGAUCAUAUACAUGAAAUUUAAAUAAAAUAUCGUUUAAUUGUGUUCAGAUACUGGUGUAAUCUCCCAAAACAAU